AUGCGCUACGAGAAUUGGGAUGUGCUGCUGUUCCCUGAGGACUCCAAGAUUCCCCUUCAGGAGUUCAAGACGCAAUGCUUUGUGAUUGAUGACCAGGAGUCACCUUAUCUCUACAGCCCUGCACUCAACUUAGGUCGCUCCUACUAUCCAGUUCAAGGAAACUUAGGCCGUUUACCAGUUCUCACCACCUUCAUUCCGAGCAUAGCUCCUGGUACUCCCUUUCGUGUUUCCAUCCACAGCUGGGAAAGACCAGGCCCAAGCCGCCUGAUGGAAACUCUUCUACAUCCGGAUGAUGCGCUGCUGUUCGAGGCUCGAGUCUUCAUCGAUGGCGAGUGUGUUGCAGGAAGCGUCUUCAGUCAGAGGACAACUUGGCCCCAUGUCAUAGUUAUCGACAAGCGGGGCAACCAGGAUGACCUACGUUUUCCUCCGUUUCACUACGAGAUUCUAGAACAAAGGCAUUGGGACGCCGGCGAUCCUUACGGACGGAUUCGAGUCGUCAUUUCGGAAGGGUUCGCUCGGCCACAUCGAUCUCCGCCAUUUGAGAGGGUCAAGGAACUCAUCGCCUUUGCUUUUCAGCAUGCGCCCUUGCCUGUCCUGGAAUGUUCCAAUAUUGCAUGGCCCAACCCUUCCAUGUGGGACCGUGAGCCUCGUCUUUUCAAAUAUGCAUCCGCAAGCUGCAAAGGAGAUAUGAAAGACCCGGAAGAUGCUCAUACUCACUCGCCUACUCGACAUGGUAUCCAACUGCACCCGCCGACGACCAGUCAACCGACCCAAACGGCGGGGCGUUUCGCCUGGGAUUAUCGGAACUAUCAAGCUCCACGACCUUCUCCGUGGCAAGAUAAUCCCCCCCAACCGAGAUGGGGCCCUACUGAGUCCGAUCCCUUCCUUGACCCGUACUAUUGUGAACCAACUGCACGUCAUCGGGGCGCCAGGCCUUCCGCGGAGGACGUCGCUAUGCCAGACUACAGCUCGAGUUCUACUAGCGGCAGUCGUGUUAUGUCCAACAUGACUGGUGCAAGCUAUGUUCAUAGCAAGCACCCCAGCCAAGAGGCAUACGCGCAGGUUAUUGACGCCCUGCACCCUCGCAAGUCUCAAUCCGGCAGUAUUCCAACUCCGACAGUGACUGGAUCGCAGCCUACCACCACGAAGCCAUCUGCGGCUGCAGAAGCUCGCUCAGCAUCCUACGCCAAGAGCAGCAGCCGGACCACGGCUAUGAAAGAAAUGGCACGGUCAGAAACCAGGGAAGCUUCAGGAUUCAGCACUAGGUCUACACUCUCCGAGAAUGGAUCUGAUGAGGUCGUCAGCAACGGACUCCAUACCAGCCCAAACAUCAGCCUAAUGAGUAGAAAAGAAAGAAUGUCUCAGGGCCGCAAGGAAAACGAGUCUACGUUAGAAUCUCCACGCAGAGAGAGCGACAGACUUAGCCCGUCAACAAGACGUACCAGCAGAAAUUCGAAGACGUCCCCUGGCCCAAAAGGAAGUCUAUCCGGGGGUCCAGUUGGAGGUGAGAGUGGCACUACAGUGAAGGGGCCCAUUUUGGUCUCUUCUGCACAGAUUCUCUCUGAGGCACAGGGCUUGGUCGGUCCAGCAGACCAUGGGGAGCUGCUCGGAGCCAAGACUCAGUUGUCGAGCUCCGUGGUGGAAGUGGCGGAAGUUGAUUGA